AGAAUUAAUCAUUGGGAUCAUGAAAUUGAGACUACUGUCUGCCUGACAGACAAUUACCUCAUGCUUAUUAAUUUUAAUUUUAUCAAUGAAGAAUGUACAGCCAAUCGGAUUGCUUUAAAGUCUAUCAAAACUAUACGCAUUGGUAAUCUUCUACAACCGAAUUGGUCUGUAUUACCCGAACGUAAUUAUGGUGCUGUCCAACUGAUUUGGGGUGAUAUUCAACAAACAAAAUGGUUAGAUCGUUGGAAUCCAGUGUCAAAAGAUGUUCCAAUGACAAUAUUACAUCAUCACCCGUGUUAUUAUUCACCUGAACUAUUACCGAAUAAAGAUCUAUUCGAUGUUGAUCUGGCACUGUCAACUAUUUCCACUACAUUGUCUACAUUAGGUGUUGAGGUGGCAGUUGAAUAUGCCAAUAUUUGUUUAAAUUCACAUGUCAACUUCUUCACUGUCGUCUAUAAUCAAAGUAAUCUGGGCUUCUGUAAAGAUCGUAAUGGUGUCAGCUUUUAGAAAGACAAAAAAAGACAACGUGUAGCUGUCGUCGUUUUCGUUAUCUUAGUCGUUGUCCUUUUCCUCGCAAUACACACACACACACACAUAUCAUAGAGCUUUAUUCAUCAUUUUGUGAUGAUACUCAGGGAUUACAAUCCUCCGUGAACACGCAUUCACAAACACACACAAACACCUAAACAUGCACAUAUCAGUGAGUAUUUUGUUUUGUUUUACGUUUGACUUGUUUUUCAAUUUAUAAUUAUUAUUGUUGUUGUCGUUGCCUUUAUUUCUCCUUCCCUCCCUCCCUCCCUCCCUCGCUCGCUCUCUCUUUCUUUCUCAGGGACAAUCAAUUUUAUCGAUUUUUUUUGUUUUCACUGAUUGAUUUUUUCUAUUGAGUAUCAUUUUGCACACUUUUUCUAUAUAUUCUUUAUUUACUACAAUCAUAAUAUAUCACCCUAGAUUAGAAUUGAUUAGAUUAGAUUGCAUAAUAAUAAUUGGUGACACUUUAUGACAGGCUGUGACAAGAUAUUAUAUAUAUAUAUAUAUACAUUAGACAAAAUAAACUAUUGAUGUAAUUGGGCGCCAAAAACAAGUUGAGUACUUCUCUUCUCGUCACUCGGUUGUUGUAAAUUGAACAAGGACAAAAAAGUGUUUAGCCGACUGCAUACAUUACCAAAAAAACAACAACAAAAAAAGAGCUUAUGUCAUCAUCCUACUGUGUCUGUUAACAAAGUUAUUGAUACAAAGGAUGGAUGGAAGGAAGAAACUGUGAGAAGUUAAAUGCCCAAUCGAAAUACUAGGGUGUGUUUUGAUGUUGUUGGUGGUGGUGGUGGUCCAUUGGCUAUAAAUGCUGCGUGUGUUUAUGCCAAUCAAGGGAACUCCCGGUUGGUUGGCAGUAAAUCCGUGAUACAGGAGAGGAGGGGAGAACUUGGGAGUAAAUAUUAUGCAGCUACUAGUACUAGCGAGAUUUUGAAAGCGCUCUUGAAGUCACACAAAACGCAUGAUUGACUAUUUCUAACAGUUAAUUAGACAAGUAUUCUUGAAAAAGUCCAGGUGGAGGACGACGAUCUCGAAGUUUAAGACUAUUUGGUUACAAGAAAAAACAAGGUUGAAUUGGACUGGAAUAAAAAAUCUAGUCUUUCACCUUGAUAGUUCCUUCCUCACCUCUAUCAAUAACUCUGUUGUUCAGGGUAAGCGAUUUGAGAAUAUCGUCGAAAUACUAACACACUCACAUACACACAAGUGAAGUACAAAUGUGAUCAAAUUUGAGUGUCAGUCAACUUACUGUGCCAUAUUGAUUGGUGUUCUCUUUGACUUUUGCUUUGUAUAAACAGUGGCGUCUUUGUGUUUGUGUGGUUCCCAGCUUUUCUCUCUCUCUCUCUCCUCUGCCUGCCACCUGCUACCUACUUCACUGCUGUACAUCUUACGCGUCUCCAGUAUCAUUGUGAUUAAGAUUCUGUGCUGUUUUUUUCUGCGUGUUUGUUCAUGCUUUCUACUCAUGUAAUAAUAAUAAUAUUCUAACAUCGUUGAGACACCCCACCGUUGUCUUUCUGUUCUCUUUUCUAUUAUUAAAUUGCACAAUCAUUAGUACAAAAAAUAAAUAUUGAUUUUGUUUUUGUUUGUUUUUUUUGCUGUGAAUUGUAUGUUUAAUGCUGGCUGGUAUUUGUUUAGCCAAUACUUGAUGUAUUCUUCAUAUCUCUUGUCUAAUUAUGUUUCUAAUGCAUACGAAUUAAAUGUGGCUGCG